AUGGAGAGCGAAUCUUCUAACUCUCAGCGAAGUAACGAGUCUUCUGCCGCCGUCGACAAGAGAACCUUGGUUGAGGCCCUGAACAGUUUCAAGAUGGAUUUGGAAAACCACACGGACGCCGCAGUUGGUAAUGUAAUAUCACGUCUAGAUUCCUUAAAAGAAGAUAUGGAAAAACUAAAUAGCAAAUUUAACACCUUAGAUCAAAGCCAGCAGUCGUUGAACGUGCGCUGUGAUGAGUUAGAACAAGUCAAUGCUGCACUAGAUAAAGAAGUCCGGUCCCUACAGUUUCGCCUCAAUGACGCUGAACAACACUCUCGCUGCGCGAAUAUUGAGAUUGUAGGCAUACCAGAGACAUCCGGUGAGAACAUCUAUGAUGUCCUUCAGAGACUUGCCACUGUUUUGGAUCUGACCUAUAGAAGAGAGGACUUGUCGAUCGCUCACCGCCUUCGACUAUACUCCAAGAAACAAGCGCACCCUCCUAUUAUUGCGCAAUUCAUCUCAAGAACUGUGAAGAAUCAAUGGUUAACAGCUGCGAGGAAGAAGAGGAAUCUGAAGUCGACCGACUUGUCACCCAACCUACACCCGAGCGAGGUUUAUCUCAACGACCACCUGACAGCCUCCAACAAACAACUCCUAGGACGUGCGAGGGGGAUGCAGCGCGACGGCCUCAUCCACUUCGCUGGGUACUUCAACGGCAAGAUCAUGGUUAAGCCAAGAGAGAGUGAUGAUGCGAUUAGGAUCUGUCAUCAGGAGGAGUUGGACAAAUAUCAACCUCAAUCUAACUAG